CACAGCCUUCUGGGAUAUGUCGUUUCUUUGUUCUUCAGCUGCAGAAAGUUCUAGGGCUGUGGACUACCACUCCCGUGAGGUAGUGCGCAGUUCAUCCCGUUCGCGGCGUCUUCGAACGCGCCGCGGCAGCCAUGUUGAACGUGGCCGGCACAGGGGCCGGCACCAGGGGGUUGUAGGACAAGCAGCUGUCAUGAUGGUGGGGUGCCUGGCGUUGAGAACAGCGCUGGCGCCGCGGCUCCUCAUCCGACUGCUUAGGUCUCCAUCGCUCCGGAGCCAUGGAGGCGCCUCCGGCCGGAACGUAACCACCGGGGACCGCGGGGAGCUGCAGUGGCUGAGGGCAGCCGCCGGGGGGCGCCCUGGGACAGCGCCGGCCUUGCUUGCGGGACGAGGGGCAUCCACCGGGAGACACCUGGGAGGACGUGCAGAGACCCAGUGCUUUGCGACCGCCACGUGGGGUCGCCUUCCCAGCCUUGAAGAAACACUCCCUGGACAAGACGGCUGGACCGGGGUCCCCAACAGAGCUGGACUGGGCAUUUGGGCCCUGGCCACGGCGCUGGUGGUUCAUUGCUACAGCAAGAACCCGUCCAACAAGGAUGCAGCCCUGAUGGAAGCUGCUCGCACCAACAAUGUCCAAGAAGUCAGCAGGUUAUUGUCAGAAGGUGCAGAUGUCAAUGCAAGGCACAAACUUGGCUGGACAGCUCUCAUGGUGGCAGCCAUCAGCCGAAACUACAGUGUGGUGCAGGUCCUGCUUGCCGCUGGGGCUGACCCAAACCUUGGAGAUGAUUUCAGUAGUGUUUACAAGACCUCCAAAGAGCAAGGAAUCCAUUCUUUGGAAGAUAAGGGACAAGACGGUGCAUGCUGGCGCAUCACUAACCAGUGGACAAGUGCCCUGGCGUUCAGGAGGUGGCUAGGAGUCCCCACUGGCGUCCUGGUCACUCGAGAGGAUGACUUCAACAACCGGCUAAACAAUCGAGCCAGCUUCAAGGGCUGCACAGCUCUGCACUACGCGGUCCUUGCCGACGACUACCGCACUGUGAAGGAGCUGCUUGAUGGAGGAGCCAAUCCCUUGCAGAGGAAUGAAAUGGGACACACACCCUUGGAUUAUGCCCGAGAAGGGGAGGUGAUGAAGCUUCUGAGGACUUCUGAGGCCAAGUACCAGGAGAAGCAGCGGAAGCGUGAGGCUGAGGAACGACGCCGCUUCCCUCUGGAGCAGCGGCUGAAAGAACACAUCAUUGGCCAGGAGAAUGCCAUAGCCACAGUGGGUGCCGCGAUCCGGAGGAAGGAGAAUGGCUGGUACGACGAAGAACACCCUCUGGUCUUCCUCUUCUUGGGAUCAUCUGGAAUAGGAAAAACAGAGCUGGCCAAGCAGACAGCCAAAUAUAUGCACAAAGAUGCCAAAAAGGGCUUCAUCAGGCUGGACAUGUCUGAGUUCCAGGAGCGACAUGAGGUAGCCAAGUUUAUCGGGUCCCCACCAGGCUACAUCGGCCAUGAGGAGGGUGGCCAACUGACCAAGAAGCUGAAGCAGUGCCCCAAUGCUGUGGUGCUCUUUGAUGAGGUGGACAAGGCCCAUCCAGAUGUGCUCACCAUCAUGCUGCAGCUGUUUGAUGAGGGCCGGCUGACAGAUGGAAAAGGGAAGACCAUUGACUGCAAGGAUGCUAUCUUCAUCAUGACCUCAAACGUGGCCAGUGACGAAAUUGCACAGCAUGCGCUGCAGCUGAGGCAGGAAGCUUUGGAGCUGAGCCAUAACCGUAUUGCCGAGAACCUUGGGGAUGUCCAGAUUAGUGACAAGAUCACCAUCUCAAAGAACUUCAAGGAGAAUGUGAUUCGCCCUAUCCUAAAGGCUCACUUCCGAAGGGAUGAAUUUCUGGGACGAAUCAAUGAAAUCGUCUACUUCCUCCCCUUCUGCCACUCGGAGCUCAUCCAACUAGUCAACAAGGAACUGAACUUCUGGGCAAAGAGAGCCAAGCAGAGGCACAACAUCACACUGCUCUGGGACCGCGAGGUGGCAGACGUGUUGGUCGACGGCUACAACGUGCACUACGGCGCCCGCUCAAUCAAGCAUGAGGUAGAGCGCCGUGUGGUGAACCAGCUGGCGGCAGCCUAUGAGCAGGACCUGCUGCCAGGUGGCUGUACUCUGCGUAUCACUGUGGAGGACUCAGACAAACAGCUUUUCAAGAGCCCCGAACUGCCCUCACCCCAGGCUGAGAAGCGUCCACCCAAGCUACGGCUGGAGAUCAUUGAUAAGGACAGCAAGACCCACAAACUGGACAUCCGGGCACCACUACACCCCGAGAAGGUGUGCUAUACACUCUAGCAUCUACCUACCCACCUACACGUGCCCUCAACAUCCAAUAAAGGCCCCUUGGCUGUGGCAUGGCAACUGACCUAUCUUCCCCUCAUGCCUUUUUCUCCUCGCUACCCAGCCUAAGGCCUGCUUACCUCCUCACAGCCCCUGGAAGACCCCUCCUCAGCCCCAAAGUCUUGAGCAAGAAUCUUGACCUACUCUGGCCCCUUUGUUUUGGGCCCAUAAUCUGCUAACCAGGCUCUAGAAGAGGAGCUGCCCCUACACUGCCUUCAAGGCAGGCAGGGGAAUCCCUCAACUCUAUCCUUCAGCAUGAUCCCCAUGUCCCACGGUCUCUGGAACUUUAUCAUGUACCCAGGAAACUCAGAAGUAUGGCAGCUAAAAAUAGAUAUGACUGGAAGAAGACAGGAACCAGGCUGUGACCUGCCUAUCCUCUGUUGGCCUUCAUGCAGCUCAGUCCUCAUAAUGUCUCCAUGAGGACUGGGGAAGGAGUGUAGAGAGGCCCAGGCAUAGAUGGCUCUUUCCCAUGCUCCAAAAUUCCAAGGAAAAAGAGGUCCAUUGAGCCCUUCCCUCCUUCUACCACCAUAUCAUACCUACUAUCCCUCCCCGCCCCAUGUCCUGGGGUUAGGCCAGACCAUGUUUCUCUAGCCUUAGAACUAGGCCAGUAUAGGACAUCUCUAGGACGGGAGACUGACUGGUUCAUUACCACACCCCCACAACUCUGAGACUAGACAGCAGUCCCAAACAAGCAAGCUCAGCUCUACAGGGCCCUCCUUAGGGGACUAACAGCAUUGACACUGGGAAGCUGUAGGGGAAGAAGAUCAUGGGGUUGGGCUCUACCCAGAUGGCCAUGGUAUCUGCUCCAGCCCUGUCUAUAAUGCUGUUCAGCCCUGGUUAGCCUGGUAUAAACAUCUACCCCAUGCACUAUUUAUGUUGUCACUAAGGAGAAGGUCUGGACACUAUCCCCUGAGGGCAUUCCACAGACCAGCCAUGUUUCACCCCCAGCCCAGCAGGGCACAGCAAGGCCUGGUGCAUCCUCAGGCCCCAUCUGCAGCACCCACUACUGAUGACCACCCAUCUCCCCUCCUAGCGCAAGGCCUUCUUGGAACCUCCUUUAGUUGUUAGCUAAUCUCUUUCAAGAGGCAGAAAUGGGGGCAGGAAUCCAAUACCUUUGGGCAGUGAGAGUAUAUCAUAACAGUACGGUGGGCAUGAGGCAGUCAGUCCAGGGCAUGGCCUCCAGCAGUUGCCCCAGCAGUCACUUUCUAACCCCUCAAGGAUUUGCGUCCGCUGCUCCCUACCUCAAUGACUGCCAAUCUGUUUAGUUUUAGUUUUGUUUUGUUUAUUGUGGUAAAUAUAUAUGUAACAGAACAUUUGUCAUUUCAGCAUUUUUUACAUGUACAGUUCAGUAACAUUAAUUACGUUCAUCAUGUUGUUCAUCCCAUCACCACUGUUUCCAGAUUUUUCCAUCACCCUUAAAGAAGCUCAAUGUCCAUAUACGAGUCUCCCCUUUUUUUUAACUUUUGUUUUGAAAUAAUUUUAGACUUAGAGAAAGUUGCAAAAAUAGUAGAGUAUUCCCGUAUACCCUUCACCCAACUUCCUUAAUGUUAACAUCUCAUAUAGCCAUACUGUCAUUAUCAGAACCAGGAGAUUAACAUUAAUUCAGUAUUACUAUCUACAGACCUUAUUCAAAUGUUGCCAGCUUUCCCACUGAUGAUGCCCUUUUUCUGGUCCAGGAUCCAGCCCAGGAUUCCACAUUGCAUUUUGCUGUCAUGCUUCUUACAUCUCUUUGUUUGUGAGAGUUUUCAUUCAGUCUUCUGCCUUUCAUGACCUUGACACUUGUAAGUUCAUGAAUUUGAGAAUGGUACUUUUGAAGAGUCCAGGCCAGCUGUGUCUCUCAAUUUGGGUUUAUCUAAUGAUUUCACAUGAUCAGAUUAAGGCUAUGCAUUUUUGACAAGACUAUCAUAGAGGUGAUAUGCCCUUCUCAAUGCCUCAUAUAGGAGAUAAUGUUUACUUUGAUCAUAUGGCUGAGGUGGUGUGUGCCAGGUUUCUCCACUAUAAUGUUACUUAUUUGUCCUUUGAAAGUAGUAAGAAUCUUGUGGGGAGAUACUUUGAAAUUAUGCAGCUCUCUUCUACUUAGAAUUUCGUCCACUGAUGUUAGCAUCCAUCAGUGGUUCUUGCUCACAAUAAGUAUUAAUGUUGUAUCUACCUAAUGAUGAUUUUCCGUUUCCCUUAUGCCUUCUAUAUUUAAUAAUUCAUAGUCUAAGUAUAGUGCAAUGGUUAAGUGCUCGGCUGCUAACCGAAAGGUUGGUGGUUCGAAUCUACCCAGCAGCUACAUGGGAGAAAGACCUAGCUAUCUGCUUCCAUAAAGAUUACUGCUUAGGAAACCCCGUGGGGCAGUUCUACUCUGUCACAUUGGGUCGCUGUGAGUCAGAAUUGACUGAACAGCACCUGACAACAACAACAGUCCCGGAAAGAGUUAUUAGACCCCAUUUAUUUAUUCAAUAAUUUAUCCAUAUCAGUAUGGACUCAUGGAUAUUUGUUAUUCUAUAGAUUAUAAUCUAAACAGUUUAUUUUGUUGCUCAAAUUAUCCCAGAUUUGGCCUUUGAGAACUCUUUCAGGUUGGCUCCUGUCUUUUCAGCAUUGCUCCCAUCAUCUUUUGAGCACUUCUUUACUUUCUGCACCACAACAUGUUCCACGCUCACCUUGUAAUUCCCAUUUCUCCAAGCAGCCCCUGGUUCCUUUUAUUUAAGAUUGGUACUUAGAAACUAAGAUCUGGGCACUAGAUGUACUCAUUGUUACUAGGGUUAUUGCUUCUAGGCCCUCUCAGCAGACACAGCUAGGAAAUGUAUGUCGUUAACACACACAUGUACACACAUCUGAAUGUUAUUGAAUAUCUAUCCAUCUGUAUAUUUAUUAAAAACCAUGAGUUCAUAUUGAUACUUUCAGUUCUAAUCCAAUACCAGAGGGUUCAUGAUUGUCAUACUUAUGACUUUACUAUUCUUUCUCUACUUCUUUUGCUCCUGCUAUCUCCAUUUCUUCUCCUUUAUCUCCAUUUGGUGUUGAGACCUCCCUUAGAGCCUCUAAUUCAGUCAGUCAGUCACCAUCCUAUAUGGAACAUUCCUACUGGACAAAGUUCUUAACUGCCUGGCUGCCAGACCCUUGGUUCAGUCAACCAUGGCCAGGAGCAGCAGGCAUAUAACUCCAAACCAGAUAACUUUUAUUACAGGAAAACCCAGUGGCCACCUUCCUGAGAAGAGAGGGUAGGUGGCAUGGUAGACCCUCAGAUUCUGAGGAAUUUAAGUAUCGAUUCUUCCUGGGAUUCCUUGCCAGACCUCCCAGGUGAUGUUGGGCCCAUAUGUUGUACUUCCAUAGCACCAUAGGCAAUACUCAACUCACUUCCAUUACUUGUACCAUGUCUGUCUUCAUAACUAGAAUGGAAGCUCCAAGAGGACAGAUACCCAACUGUUCAGCUCACUGUUCUAUUCAUAGAACCUGGCACAGUGCCAGUACAUGAUGGCUGCUUAAGAAAUAUUUGGACUGAUGGGUGGGUGGGCUCAGCAGCAAGCACAGAUCUUCACAGUGGGCCUUGGGACAGAGCAGUAUCAUUCAUUCACUCAGCACAUGUUUAUCUGGCAUGCACUUGUAGCCAAGCAGUGGGGCUACCUUCCAGGACUGGAUCCUUGACCCAAAGGGGCAAGAUGAGACCCAGAUACCUUAUUGAGGAUCAUGGAAUGAAUGAGGUUGGACUUGGAAAUGAACAUGCAAUGCCUUUAUUGUACAAAAAGAAAAACUCAGAGGUGUGUAGUCAUUGUAUAGAUUGUGAUGGUAACAUUUAAACCAUUAGAAAAUGGAUCCAAUAAAGAUAAAAGCUUGAGUUAGUAAAAGAAAAAACAAACCAAAAGGGAUAAAGAGAUGAUUGUGUGAAAGCACCAAUAAAAUAGAUAAAAUAUCCUGAGCAUGAUAAAGGGAAAAGGAGCAAAAAAUACAAGAUUAGAAAUGAGAAAUUAGGCAUAACCAUAUAUAUGGAAGAAUUGGAAAUAAUUUUAAGAACUCUAUAGCAACAAAUUUGAAAAGAGCAAAUUUUCUAGUGAACACUGACUCAAGAAAUAGAAAGUUUGGCUAGCCAAAUAGAAAGUUUGCUUACUAAAGAAGAAAUUGGGAAGAUGAAUAAAAAUGUAUCAUUUUAAAAGACUGUUCAAGUUUUUAUUGAAAUAUACAUAGGGAAAAGUACAUAAAUCACAAACAGUUUAAUACAUACCACAAAGUGAACACACCCCUGUAGCCACCACCCCCGCAAGAAAUAGAUGUGUUCUAACUUUUAACUACUGCAUAAACUAUUUCAGACCAUGGGAAAAAAUGGAAAGCUGUCCAAUUGAUUUUUAAAAACCAAUGUAAGAUUAAUAUUCAAACCUGAUAAAGUGCCAAAAAGAAUGCCAUAGCCUAGUCUUAUUUCUCACUAUCCCAAUAAAAUCAGGCUGAAUUGUACACCAAGAUCACACAAAGUUUAUUUCAGCCAUACAAGGCACAGUAUCAGGAAAUCUACUAGUACAACCCACCACAUGAAGGGCUUAAAGGUUAUUUGAAUGUUGACAGACUUCAUAAUAGUAUCAAUGUCAGUUUUCUUAUUUUGAUAACUAUGCUGUGAUUAUUUAAGAAUAUUCUUGCUUUCAGAAAAUGUAUGUUGCAGUAUUUAGAGUUUAAAGGUAAAGGCAAUUUGUAAAUGUUUCAGCAAAUUUUACGCUACGUAUAUAUACACAGAAAAUGAAAAAACAAAAGUAAAGUGUUAACAUUUAGGAAAUUUGAAUGAAGGGUACAUAAGAAUUCUUUGGAUUAUUUUUGCAACUUUUUUGUUUAAAAUUAUUUCAAAUUAAACUUUUUUUUAAGGAAGAAAAAAAAUGUUAUAUCAAUACAUCCUGAAAGGGCAUUUGAUAAAAUUUUGCAGCUUUAAGUACAAUUUGAUAAAAUUCAAGCUGUAAGUAAAACAAGAAAAAAACUAUUUGAAUGUGAUAGCCCAUCAAAAACAGUAGCAGACAUCAUUUUUUAUUGUAAACCUAAAGUCAUUUCAAUUAAAAUCUGAAGGAGAUUGGAUACCUGCUAACACCUUUAUUAUUCAACAUUGCUUUGAAGGUUCAGGUGAAAGCAUUUAGACAAGAAAACUAAAUAACCAAUUUAAAUACUGGAAAAUAAUAAAUUAUCUUGUUUUGCUGAUAUAUUACUGAUGUCUAGGAUAUCCAAGAGGCUACUGUAAAAACCUGUUAGCAUUAGUUUAAAAAUGUGGCAAGUGACUGAAUAAAAGAUAAAUGUAUACAAAUCAA